UCUGUGAUCACUUGGCCGUGUCUGCCCACACAGGAGCCAGAGGGAGGAGAGAGGGAGCAGUGCAACAGCGGGCGAGACUGCGGCUCCCGGACUCUCGAACCAUCGCAAACUUGGCGUGCGAACGCCACGAGCCUUGACGUCCUUCCGAGGGACAUGGAGGAGCUCGCGGGACGCUUGAAAGCCCGUGGAUUUAAGCGCUAGAGCGUGGUACCGGAGGGGCCGGAGUGAGUGGAGAAAGUCGGAGGAGGAAAACAACAGUGACAAUAAAACAGCACUCCUCGAGAAGUGGUCUGCUUUCCUCAAGUCCGAGCCAAGAAAACCGCAAAGUGCUGUACUGAUGGGACGGUUGGAUGACGAGCACCGUUUGCAUGUGAACUUUUAAACUCAGGAAACGAUGGAGACGGCGAGCAAAGCGCUCAUCAAGUGUCUCCGCCGUUAGCCAUCUCGUGCUAAAGCUAAGUUAGCUCCGUGGCUAACGGUGACAGCGCUCUGCACAAACUUGUGCGGUUUGUUUCCCCGGAGCCUGGACGCUGAAGGAGGCCUGUUUCCACGGAGGGGAAGGGCGGGCUCCCUUCUGGACUGUCCCCCGCUAUCGCGUUCCCUGGAAUGAUGGCAGCUGAGGUCAGCAGUGAGGAGACGGGCUCGGUCACCGCGGGGACAGGGGUGGCAGGCGGCGCAGGCCCGGAGCCGGCCCCCUUCUCCUGCGCUCCCAAGUCGGCCAGAGUGACGGUCAGCGAUCUGGGAGCCGGAUCCCGCCAACACUCCAACACGUCCCCCGACUCCCUGCCCGACGUCAGUGUCAUUUACUCGCUGUCAACAAUGGAAGUCAGCGGACCGGGGAGCGGCGGGGCCGGACCGUCACUCAUCCAAGGAACAAGCUCAGGGAACGUGGGCGGCAUGUGCUGCUCUCCCACCACGGAGGGUCCGGCUAGUGGGGUUUCACCCACCUCCAGUGGCCCGGACGGUGCUACAGUCUUCCCUCCACUGCCACCACCGCCUCCUCCACCGCCUGGUAUAGGAGGGCUUGGAAGCACUUUGGAUGAAAGCGACAUGCAGGAUGGUCCAGAAUACGAGGAAGAGGAGGUGGUGUUCCCUCUCUCUGCACCUCCCACAAACCAGUGGUACCAUGGCAAGCUGGACCGAACCAUCGCUGAGGAGAGGCUGCGCCAGGCCCGGAACCAUGGGAGCUACCUCAUCAGGGAGAGUGACCGCCGGCCCGGUUCCUUUGUCCUGUCAUUCCUCAGCAUAACAAACGUGGUCAACCACUUCAGGAUUAUUGCCAUGUGUGGGGAUUAUUACAUUGGUGGACGCCGGUUCUCCUCACUGUCAGACCUGAUCGGCUACUACAGCUACGUGUCCUGUCUGCUGAAGGGGGAGAAACUGCUUUCGCCUGUGGCGCCUCCGGAGCCUGUGGAGGACAGGAGGAGAGUCAGGGCCAUACUUCCAUACACCAAAGUGCCAGAUACCGACGAGAUCAGCUUCCUGAAAGGAGACAUGUUCAUCGUUCACAACGAGCUGGAGGACGGCUGGAUGUGGGUGACCAACGUUCGGACGGAGGAGCAGGGCCUCAUCGUGGAGGAUCUAGUGGAGGAGGGACGGGAAGAGGAUCCUCAUGAGGGGAAAAUCUGGUACCACGGAAAGAUCACCAAGCAAGAGGCCUACAACCUGCUGAUGACAGUGGGGCAGGUUUGCAGCUUCCUCGUGCGGCCGUCUGACAACACGCCCGGAGACUACUCCCUGUUUUUUCGUACCAAUGAAAACAUCCAAAGGUUCAAAAUCUCCCCGACGCCCAACAAUCAGUACAUGAUGGGAGGGAGAUACUACAACAGUGUUGAUGACAUCAUCGACCACUAUAAGAAAGAGCAGAUCGUGGAGGGCUACAACCUGAAGGAUCCAGUGUCGGUGCAGCAUCAGGAGCAGGUCAUUUCAGACAUAGUGGACGGAAGAGAAAUCUACAACACCAUACGGCGGAAAACAAAAGAUGCCUUCUACAAAAAUAUCGUCAAGAAAGGCUACCUCCUGUUCAACAAAGGCAAAGGCAAAAGAUGGAAGAACCUCUACUUCAUUCUGGAGGGCAACGACGCUCAGCUCAUCUACUUUGAGAGUGAGAAGAGGGCCACCAAGCCCAAGGGGCUGAUCGACCUGAGCGUGUGCUCCGUGUACGGCGUGCACGACAGUCUGUUCGGCAGGCCCAACUGUUUCCAGAUCGUUGUCCAGCACUUUAGUGAGGAGCAGUACAUUUUCUACUUUGCAGGGGAAGCUCCAGAGCAGGCGCAGGACUGGAUGAAAUGCCUUCAAAACUUCUGUAGCAACUUGAGAAAAACCACUCAGCCCACCUCCAACAAACGGCUGCGACAGGUCAGCAGCCUGGUCCUGUACGUGGAGGAGGCCCAUAAGCUGCCGGUGAAGUACUUCACCAACCCGUACUGCAACAUCUACUUGAACAGCGUCCAGGUGGCUAAAACGCACCCCAGGGAGGGGCAGAACCCCGUCUUCACCGAGGAGUUCAUCUUCGAUGACCUGUCCGGUGAGAUCAACAGGUUCGAGAUCAGCCUCAGCAACAAGACCAAGAAGAGCAAAGAGAGCGACAUCUUGUUCAUGCGCUGCCAGCUGAGCCGCCUGCAGAGGGGCCAGAUGAUCGACGAGUGGUUUCCUCUCAGCUCCCACGUUCCUCUCAAGGGCAUCGAGCCGGGCUCCCUGCGUGUGCGCGCUCGCUACUCCAUGGAGAAGAUCAUGCCCGAGGAGGAGUACAGCGAGUUCAAAGAGAUGAUCUUGCACCGGGACUUCCACGUCAUCUACGCUCUGGCCCACGUCUGCGGCCAGGACCGCGCGGCGCUGGCCAGCCUCCUGCUGCGCAUCUUCAGACACGAGAAGGCCGAAGCGCCACUGCUGCGGACGCUCAAUGACAAGGAGAUCAAGAUGGAGGACGAGGCCACCACGCUGUUCAGGGCCACCACGCUGGCCAGCACCCUGAUGGAUCAGUACAUGAAGGCCACGGCCACACCCUUCGUGCACCACGCGCUCAAGGACACCAUCCUGAAGAUCAUGGAGAGCAAGCAGUCCUGUGAGUUGAACCCCUCCAAGCUGGAGAAGAACGAGGACGUGAACCUGAACCUGGCUCACCUGCUCAACAUCCUGUCGGAGCUGGUGGAGAAGAUCUUCAUGGCUGCAGAGAUCCUGCCUCCGACGCUGAGGUUCAUCUACGGCUGCCUGCAGAAGUCUGUGCAGAAGAAGUGGCCCAACACCACCAUGAGGACGCGGGUUGUCAGUGGCUUCGUCUUCCUCCGCCUCAUCUGUCCUGCCAUUCUCAACCCCAGGAUGUUGAACAUCAUCUCUGACCCUCCGUCCUCCACGGCUGGCCGGACCCUCACCCUGGUGGCCAAGUCGGUGCAGAACUUGGCCAACCUGGUGGAGUUUGGUGCCAAGGAGCCCUACAUGGAGGGAGUCAACCCCUUCAUCAAGAACAACAAGCAUCGCAUGAUCAUGUUCCUGGACGAGCUGGGGAACGUCCCCGAGCUGCCCGAGCCCACAGAGCACUUUAGGACCGACCUGUCCCGGGACCUGGCGGCGCUGCACGAGCUCUGCGCCGCGCACUCGGACGAGCUGCGGACCCUGAGCAACGGGAGGGGGGCGCAGCAGCACGUGCUGAAGAAGCUGCUGGCCAUCACCGAGCUGCUCCAGCAGAAGCAGGUCCAGUACGCCAUGUCCAACAGCAGCAGGGCUGAGUGCACCAUCAUGUCUCUGGCGGCUGCCAUCCAGGUCAUGUGAGACAUCCCAGCGGGACGCGGCGGCUCUGAGGAACAUGCCUUCCUGGAGCCAGCGAGUGGGCGUGUGCACCUGGAGCAGGCCGGUCCUACUCUCCGCCAGUCACACGUGGACGUUGGGGAAGCCGAUCCAAAGCAUUGCAGCGCAGUCGUCUGCUGCCAUCAGGGAAUCCUAACCUCCACCAGACGACGCCAGCCUUACUGACCCUGACCCUGACCCUGACCCUGAGCCUGAGCCUUCCUGGCCCGGCCCAGUCCAACGUGCAUGUGCCCACCUCUGCCCCGACCUUCAGUAGAAUCCUGCCACGGACACGGCACUUGACCAAACCGUUGACUGUAGUUGCACUGACUGAACCGGCUCUGGUCCCAGCUGGGGCGCGGGUCCUCCUUAUUUUUCUACCUGGGACUGAACCUUUUGCAUCUUAGAUACCUUCCUGCCUACAAUAAAACCCUCAAGACAAAGAGACUCGUGCUUUCCUCAGCACCAGACCUGCUCAGACUGGCGGGUCUCUCUGGGGACCCUGUGGUUCUGCGGUGAGGACGAUCCAGCCCAAAUCAUGAGUGGUGCAGUUCAGUGGACCACCUCCUGGGGGCAGCACGUCCACUGACUGUGAGCGCCAAUGGUGGCCUCCUACUGGAGCAACCAGCCACUGGCACCUGAGGAGGGAGCCAGGCUGUGUGUCCUUCUGAUGUUCAGCCACGCCACUUCCAAACUGCGUCUGAACUUCUCUCUCUCUCUCUCUCUUUCUUGGUCUCAGUGGUGACAGAGCGCUGCAUGACUUUCACCUUCGUGCCAAGGCGACUUACUUGCUGAGCAGGUCUGCGUGGAUCCUCUCCAGCUUCUGCUUGGAAGCCAUGACCUCCUCGGGCCUGGGCAGCUGGUACCGCUUGAUGCAGGUCUUCAUCCCUGAACAGAGCAGGAGCCAGUGAGCGGACGCGUGAGCGGCAGCGCAGCCUCACUCACGUCUCAUGGAGUCGUAGAGCCUGGACAGCGACUCGGGCUCCUCCUUCAGGGCCAAACACUCGGUCAGGUAGCUGCAGAGGAGUCCAGGGUGAGAAGCAGGGCCGGGGCGGCGCCGCCUCGGCGGACCCACCUCUCCAUCCUGAGCCCAGCUCUGGAGCCGCUGUUCAGCACGGCCGCCAGGGCGAUCUGCGACGGCGGGAAGAGCAGGCCGAUGUCCG